UCAGCAGAAAACGCCAAGCUUGGUGACCUCAAAAAACACCCAUAGGCUACCCAUGGAUCCACUACCAGCCUGGACUCCCAAAUAUACCUUGACUGUUCUACCUGUGUUGAAACCCUGCUUGACCUCAGCCCACGCCUCCAGGCUUCACUAGAGCACUUGGAUGGAUAGGGGCCUGCAGAGCAAUGUGGGGUGGCAGGGGCAGGCGGCAGAGGCGUCCCUUUACUCACAGGCCAGGAUCCCAUAGCAGGUGUGACCUACCCAUCACGACCCACGUCUGCCCCUCCAGACUUCGUUUCCUUGCCAGUAUGGGCGUCUCUGGGUGUCCUUGCCACCCUGCGUUGCUGUGCUCCCAGCACAAAAGGGUUAAGUCCUUCGGCGCCCACAGGAAGCACCUUCACUGCGCCUCCUGAUUGGCGGGUGGGAGGGGGCGGGGCCUGGUCAGGGACACACUUAAAAGACGGUGUACGCGGGCCAGGCUGCAAGCUCCGGCUCACCGCAGCCAUGAUUGGCGCUGCUGGCCGGGACCCGACUGAGGCGCCCGAGGAGCGGCGUUUUCUCAGCACGGAGGAGGCGGCUGCCCUGGAACGGGAGCUGCUGGAGGAUUAUCGUUUUGGGCGGCAGCAGCUGGUGGAAUUAUGCGGCCAUGCUAGUGCCGUGGCUGUGACUAAGGUGUUCCCCUUGCCUGCUCUUUCCCGGAAGCAGAGGACGGUGCUGGUCGUGUGCGGCCCGGAGCAGAAUGGGGCGGUAGGGCUGGUCUGUGCCCGGCACCUGCGGGUGUUUGAGUAUGAACCGACCAUAUUCUACCCCACACGCUCACUGGACCCGCUGCACCGGGACCUGACCACCCAGUGUGAGAAGAUGGACAUCCCCUUCCUGUCCUAUCUGCCCACAGAGGUCAGCGCUCCUCGACAACUGAGGGGCAGGUGGGGGAUGAUGCCCCAAGGCUGCCCCUUACUUUACCUGCCCUCCCAGGUCCAGCUCAUCAAUGACGCCUAUGGGCUGGUGGUGGAUGCCGUGCUGGGCCCUGGCGUGGAGCCUGGUGAGGUCGGGGGCCCCUGCACGCGUGCGCUGGCCACACUCAAGCUGCUGUCCAUCCCCCUCGUGAGCCUGGACAUUCCCUCAGGCUGGGAUGCGGAGACCGGCGGCGGCGACUCCGAGGACGGGCUGCGGCCCGACGUGCUUGUAUCACUGGCAGCUCCCAAGCGCUGCGCUGGCCGCUUCUCUGGGCGCCACCACUUCGUGGCUGGCAGGUUCGUGCCCGACGACGUGCGCCGAAAGUUCGCUCUGCGCCUGCCGGGGUACACGGGCACCGACUGCGUGGCGGCGCUGUGACCGCCACCCGCGCCCACGCGGCUUGGACGCACGCCAAUAAACAGAGGUCCCACCA